UCUGCUGUGUGACUUUGUGAGACCGCUCGCCCGCCUCCUUCCCUCUGGCUUCGGUAUGAGCUGGCUGAGCAGGUUGAACCCGCGGGGUCCCGGGAGCCGGUCCAGCCGGAGUGCCGCCCCCUCCAGUCCAUGCACUGCAGAUCCAGAGACCUGUCUCAUGGUGUUUGAGAACCACUGGAGGCAGGUUUCUUGGGUUUUGGAGCAGCACGAGACGUCGUCGUCCAGCGACGACCUGACAGCGGUGAGAAAUAACACGGACCAGAUGUUGUGUCUGCUGGCCGAGGAGCGCCCUGCCGAGAGCCCGGAGGGCGGACCGUGCGUGGUCCCCAUGGGCCCCAUACUGGAGCUGGUGGUCACAGAGAACAUUCUGGAGCGUCUGAUUCGGUGGCACCUCCGUCGCGGCCUGGACCUAGACAUCCAGGGGGCUCUGCUCAAGCUGUUCGAGAUGCUUAUCGACCAAUCCCAGCAGCCUCUGCUGCAGCACACGGCCGUCCUUCACCCCUUGCUGAGGCUGCUGGGAGCCUGCGCUGACCCAGAACUGGGCUGUCCCUCAGCCUUGGAGAACAGCUUAGUGCUGCUGCUCAACCAGGUGUGCGCGUCCAUGGCCCGGCAGCCGGUGGUCCUUGAGAUGUUGUUCCAGGCUGCACCAGCACAUCAGGGCUCCACCAAUCUGCUGAUCUUCUCCCUCCUCGUGCCCUUCAUCCACCGGGACGGCGCCAUCGGACAGCAGGCACGAGACGCGCUGCUGCUGGUGAUGGCGGCCUCAGCCAGCCACGAUGCCGUGGCUCGAUACAUCGCUGAAAACUCCUACUUCUGUCCGGUGUUGGCGACGGGCCUCAGCGCCCUCUACUCGUCUCUGCCCAGGAAGAUCGAAGUCCGAGGAGACGACUGGCACGCCCUGCGGAGGGAGGACUGGAUCGGCGUGUCGUCGCUUGUGCUCUUCAUGAACUCUCUGGAGUUCUGCAAUGCUGUGGUGCAGGUGGCACACCCCAUGGUUCGCUCUCAGCUUCUGGGUUACCUCCACAACGGCUUCCUCAUCCCGGUCAUGGGCCCCGCCCUGCACAAGUCGUCGGUGGAUGAAAUGAUCGCCAGCACCGCCUACCUAGAUCUUUUCUUGCGCAGCAUAACGGAAACAUCCCUCCUGAAAACCUUCCUGCGCUUCAUCCUGCUGCAUCGCCAUGACAAUGACACCAUCCUGGACACGCUGCUCACACGCAUCAGCAGCAACUCUCGGCUCUGCAUGGUGUCGCUGAGUCUUUUCAGGACACUUCUGUCUCUGAACUGUGAGGACGUCAUGCUGCAGCUCGUUCUCAGGUAUCUUCUGCCCUGUACCCAUGUAAUGCUGAGUCAGCGUUGUGCUAUCAGGGAGACCGACAUGCACGGAAAGUCAGCCGACAAGUUCUUGUCGCUGAUCCCGGAGUGCUGCCAGUUAAAUGCAGCGACCUCUGCUGAGCGGGACGAGGACAAUCCAUUCUGGGGCAAAGCACUGAGCAACCCGAGCACAGAGCCUGCUGCUCUGCCCAAACCCAGCACACCGUCCCGCUUGUCUUUCUUCAUCCGGCAGCAGAGCAGCGGUGCAGUAUCAGGAGGAGGAGGAGGUACCUCUACUCCUGCAGGUGUGGAUCCGCUGCACUCGGGUCCAUCCAGCUCCCAGUCCCCCGACAGCCCGAUGCAUCAGCAGGCCAACACAGACUGCCUCGACUGGGAUGCGGGUUACUUGGAGUACCUCAAGGAUGCCCGUCGGGGUAUCGAGCUUUGCUCCUGGUCGUGCCGAGACUGGUCGGCGCCCUACGAUGGUGAAAACCCCUCCCCAAACACCUCCAAAUCUGUUUUUAGAAACAGUGACAUCAGAGAGGCUCUUCACCCGAAGCAGUUUCCCUCUCAGAGCGCCGUCACCCAGCCAGCACCCAGUACCAAACAGCUGAUCAGCAACACCUCAGGCUCUCGCAGCACAUCCUCAGAUCUUCCAGAACCCAACCAAACACUCCAGUCUGUAGAAAGUCUCAUCGAAGAACUGCUGGAACAGACACCAGGAGAUCCCCAGCUGACCGGAGACACAAAUGGUCAGGGCAUCAGCAUCGAAGCCUUCACGCAGGAGCUGAGGGAGCUGGAGGACCAGGUGAAGGAGCGCAGCCGAGCCUCCUGCCUACAGGAGGACGCUGUGGAAGAUGCUCUGUCCGCUGAGCAGCAGGAGGAAGAGCUUUCAUCAGUCCUGGAUUCAAAACUGACAGGAGACCUCAAGGGAGACAGGCCUGUGGUGGGAGUCUGCAGUCCUGCCAGACCACUUAACCAGCCGGCCUCACAGCCGUACACAGGCCCAUUCAUGAUGGUUCUGUUUGCCAAACUGGAGAACAUGCUCCAAAACUCUCUUUACGUCAACAUCCUCCUCACGGGCAUCGUGGCCCAGCUGGCCUGCUAUCCUCAGCCUCUCCUACGCUCCUUCCUGCUCAACACCAACAUGGUCUUCCAGCCCAGUGUCAAAUCUCUGAUCCAGGUUUUAGGUUCUGUGAAGAACCGCAUCGAGGUGUUUGCAGCCUCUCAUGAAGACUUUCCAGCCAUGCUGAGGAAAGCACAGCAGUACCUGGUGGCCCGAGGCAAAGUGGACUGGACUGACACCCCUGCAUCGGUCCCCCCCCUGCGCCGCUCUGAUUCCCUCAUAAAAAGUCGUAAGCCGUCUCUCGGAGACCUGAUCCUUCGCCACACCAACAGUCCCACCCGGGCUCGGCACGCUGCUCAGCUGGCGCUUGCGCACGUCCGGGACGGCAGCCAGUCGCUGCACAGCGCUCUGUUCCGAGGCGGAGGCGGCGCUUCGGGCCUGGAGAAGCAAGCGGAGGCGCUGCGAGUGAAGAACGCAGUCUACUCGGCCGUUAUCUUCUGCGAGUUUCUCAAAGAGCUGGCUGCCCUGGCUCAAGAGCACGCAGUCACUUUGCCCUUCCCUCAGAGCCAGGAAGCAGAGGAGUAACGGUAAACACGGACCUCUCGGCUUUGAGCUUCCACUUCUCUUUGUUUACUUGUAAAAUAUCUCAUUCUGCGUUGAGCUGAGGACAAAGUGGAGCACUGAGACUUUUCUGUCACUGACGUGAUCUGCAGUGACGCAGACGUGAAAAUAAAAGGAAAACUGGGAUUUUUGUACCAAAUGAACUCGAGACACGCAGUAGGACUGGACUCAUCUGAAAACUUUGGGUCUUGUGCAUAUCAUGUAUUAUAUUUACAUCCUGUCCACAGAAACCCUUUGAGGAGCGUGUACAUACCACGUCAUGGUAUAAAGCCACAGAUAAAAGAAGUAGGUGCACAUGUUGGUGCUAGCUCCAUACUUUUUAUAUUUUCAUUUGAAACGGUUCCGUUGGGUGGCACAGAAAAUGACAAAACACUAAGUUUAGCAGGAAAACACUAAAGGUAAAGGAGCGUUAAUGAUCCGUGCACAACGAGCUCGAAGCUUUCAGCAGAGCGUCUCAUCAGUUCGAACCGUUGGACAAACGUUGGCUUCAAACGAGCAGGAGGUCGUUCUGCAAACGGCGAGGGUCUUCACGAAACUGGAAAAUGUUUGUUUUUGACGUCGCACCGUUUACUUGACAUAUCAGCUGCAUUUGGGAGCGGGCGUCGUUCUGUUAACUCUUUUUUUAUUUAACUAUUAUUUCAACGAGUCACUGUUUUCUAAAGAGC